UCUUUUAAGUGAUUCAAUUGAUUUAAAAUGCACCAAUAUUUCUUCAGACAUGUUUAAAAUUCUUAAACCUUUACCACCAAGUAACGGCCCGGUGACUCGUUGUUACAAUUUAGAACUUGUGAUAAAAGAGUUAGCACCUGACGGAGUUAAGCGUCCUGUGUGGACUGUUAAUAAGCAAUAUCCUGCCCCGAUAAUUCAAGCAAACUAUGGUGACAGACUUCUCAUUAAUGUAACUAACAAAUUGGGGGAACCUUCUACAAUUCAUUGGCAUGGUAUAUUUCAAACAGGCACAAACUUUUAUGAUGGUGUUCCAGGUGUAACGCAAUGUCCGAUCCCCAGUCAUCAAAAUUUUCUUUACAAUUUUACCGUUAACCAAUAUGGCACUUUUUGGUACCAUUCGCACUUCGCUGGUCAACUUGCCGAUGGCCUUAAAGGCCCAUUAAUAAUUCACAAUCCUAAAGACCCUUAUCUUAAAGAUUACGAUUUCGAAUACGUGUUAACGCUAUCAGAUUGGUAUCAUAUGCCAUCCGUUGACAUUCAUCCAAUCCUUCUUUCUCCGAAUUACAAAGGAAAUGAUCCUAUUCCAAAUUCUGGAGAAAUUAGUGGCAUAGGACAAUUUAAUUGUUCCACUGCCUCUAGAGACUCAUGUAAUCCGAACAAUGGAGUCGCCACUUAUACAGUUAAAAAGGGUAAAAAAUAUAGAUUUAGAAUCAUAAGUAUAAGUGCGGCAACUCAUUUUAUAUUUUCAAUUGAUGAACAUCCGCUUACUAUCAUUGAAGUUGAUGGUCAUUUAAUAAAACCUCCAGUCACUCUAAAUACAAUUCCAAUUCAUGCUGCACAACGAUAUUCAAUAAUUCUUAGUGCUAACAAGUCAAUUGAAAAUUAUUAUAUUC